CUCGGAUCUCACCGUCAUCUAUCGUCUGGCAUUCCUCUCCGUUCCCAUUCCAUCCUCAACCUCGGACGGGGAUAGCUACCAAGAAGAAGGGACAACCAGCUACCAGCCAUGUCGACGACGGCGCACAAGGUGGCGACACACGCGGCGGCGAGGACGAAGACGGCGGGGAGGCGGCCGCCGAGCGUGCUGAGGGAGAUCGCGUACGGCAUGGGCCUGGGCCUCUUCGCGGGUUACCUGUGGAAGCUGCACCACUGGAGCAACCAGCGCCGCACCCGCGAGUUCUACAGCCUGCUCGACCAGGGCAAGAUCACCGUCGUCGCCGACGAGCCGCCGCGCACCGGAGCCGACGACUGACGGUGCGCACGCUUCAGCAGUUCGGUAGCUCAUCGCCGUGCUAGCUGACCUCCAGAAUGCAUGUUGUUUAAUUUGGCAUGCCACUUUAUUCAUCAGUUCAGUGCACUCUCGUCAGUAGUUUGCUUUGUCGUCA